CUGGGCUCCGCCGUCCCGGCCGCGGCGCAGCCUUGCGGCGGCGGCAACACGCUCCUCCGGGCGUGGGGAGCCGGGGCUCGCCGAGCCUCCCGCCUGCGCAGGCAGUGUGCCGGCCUGCCCGGGAGGAGGGCCCGCCUAGGGAGGCGGCCAAGCGGUAGCAUCGGAGGAGCCGGCGGCGUCCGCGGCCCAGGGUAGCUACGGCGACUGGGCUCCUUCCCUGCUGCGCUUCUCGGCUGUCGCGCACCUCCCUGUCAGUGUUACCGCCCCCGGCCUGUGACCAAGAUGAGAGUAGUGGCUUUGAUCAGUGGUGGGAAGGACAGCUGUUAUAAUAUGAUGCAGUGUGUUGCUGCUGGGCAUCAGAUUGUUGCUCUAGCCAAUUUAAGACCUGCUGAAAACAGAGGGCAGACUGAUGAAUUGGACAGCUAUAUGUAUCAGACAGUAGGACACCAUGCCAUUGACCUGUAUGCUGAUGCAUUGGAUUUGCCACUCUAUCGUGGUUUCAUAAAGGGUACCAGUGUAAAUACUGGAAGAGUGUACAGGGCAUGCCAAGAGGAUGAGGUUGAAGACCUCUACCAUCUCAUGAAACUUGUUAAGGACAAAGAAGGAGUGGAAGGUGUGUCUGUGGGAGCCAUUCUUUCUGACUAUCAAAGAGUUCGAGUUGAAGAUGUGUGCAGAAGGCUUAAUCUUCAGCCUUUAGCUUACCUUUGGCGCCGGAACCAGGAAAUGUUGCUUAAAGAAAUUAUAUUAUCUAACAUUCAAGCCAUAAUCAUAAAAGUGGCAGCUUUUGGUUUGGAUCCAGAUAAGCAUCUAGGAAAAACUCUAGAUCAAAUGGAGCCUCUUCUUUUAGAGCUCUCUGAGAAAUAUGGAGUCCAUGUUUGUGGAGAAGGUGGAGAAUAUGAAACAUUCACUCUGGACUGCCCUUUAUUUAAGAAGAAAAUAGUUGUAGAUUCAGCCAAGGUGAUCGUGCAUUCUGCUGAUGCAUUUGCACCUGUUGGCUACCUUCAUUUUCUAAAAUCACAUCUGGAGAAUAAGGAGGAUUCUUCAGGUACUUUUGUGGUCAGUAGCUGUUCUUGUGACAUAAGCUGCACUGAUGACGAUAUUUUCCCUUCAUCAGAAGACGAUGAACCACAGAAAACCAUUCCAGUCAUCUGGAAGCCUUUGAAACCUAAUUUUUUGGAUUUCACUAAGACAUUUGCAAGUUCAGGAAAAUCCCUGAGUGGUUACCAGUGGUUUUCAGGUAUCACUGCCUACUUCCUUCCAUCAGAAGACACAAAGGCUCAAGAUGCAGCACGGGAAGCAUUUUCUUCUCUCAGAGCUAAUAUGACUUCAGAGGGAUUGAAACUGAAGGAUAUUAUUUUGGUUCAUCUGUAUAUGAAGAGCAUGAAACAUUUCAGUGUUAUAAACUCAGUUUAUGAGACAGAAUUUGAUUUGUGUCCACCAGCAAGAGUAUGUGUUGAAAUCCCGUUACCUGAUGGAGUACUGUUUUGCAUUGACUGCCUUGCACAUAAGUACGACAUUGCAACAGAUGAUGUGUUACAUGAUGAAAAGCUGGUCAUGCAUGUACAGAGCAUUUCCCACUGGGCACCUGCUAGCAUAGGACCUUACAGUCAGUCCAUCAAGGUUGGAGAUGUUCUCUACUGUGCUGGACAGAUUGCUCUAGUACCUUGUACGAUGCAGCUUGUUAGUGGUGGCAUACGGACAGAGGCUAUAGUUUCCCUCCGUCAUGUUGAGCGAGUUCUUCAAGCUAUGAGCCAGAAGACUGCGCUCCACCACGUCAUCACAGCCAGCUGCUAUGUAACUGACAGCAAGCACAUUCCUAUUGCUCACUCUCUAUGGCAGAAGAAAUUAAGAGAAUGUAAAAAGGAAGAAGAUUCAGAGACGUAUCAUGAUGAAACUGCAGCAUGUGGGUUGCUUGCUGUGGUGGUAAUACCUCACCUGCCCAGAGAUGCUGCCAUUGAAUGGCAUGUUGUUGCAGUAGUUGAUGAUCCACUCCAAAGAAAACAUUUUGCGAUGAAGAUGUUGUCAGAGGGCUUCCACAUUGAGUGUGAAUCUGUGGAGUCUAGUUCUUCAUCUUGUGCAUCAAUCUCUUUACGUCUGAGCUUGAUUUCACCAUCCACUUCUCCCCUUGAUUUAGAUGGACCUCUUCAUGACUUAGUUGCUAUGUUUAAACAAGCUGUUGAGAAACUUUCAGGAGACUGCAGUGCAAGUCCUUUGUCCCUUAGAGCUUUCUUCAAGGAGUAUGUCUUUGAUAUGGAAACACUACAAAAAGGACUACAAGGAUACCUUGAAAAAUAUCUGGAAGAGAAGGCCCCAGCUCUGAUUUUAGUACCUGUGGUGGAUUUACCUGGCAAGGAAGUUAUUCAUAUGAUAUGCUGGCUAAGCUAGCAGUUCAAAAGAGAUGAGCUGAUGUCAAAACACACAUACAUUCCAUCAGGAGAGAACAAAGAAAAGAGUUGAUACUAACUGUGUUGGAUACUUUCAUGAAGCAAUAUUGUUUGAUUUAAGUAAAGUCGUAUUUAGCUUGUUAAUGAUGCCUCAUUAUAUGUGACAGAGUCAGGUUUGUAUGAAGAAUAAAGGUUUCAUUUAAAAAUAA